GCCGAUAGGCGAUAAAAUUAUAGCAUUCGAAAACCUGCACAUCGAUUCGUUUAUGGAGAACGUAUACCGCAGUUCCUGCAUGUUAGCAAAAGAACUUCAGUCAUUUACUAAUUUACACUGAUUUAUAAAAUCCUUCAAAAGUGGGCGUUAUUUUUAUUUGUGUUUUUGAUAAACCGCAGGCAUCUGAAAAAUGGCCAUUUUCCAACGCAUACGGGAUUUUAUUUAUUCCGCAUACUUCCUGGCCCACUUGGGCUUCGCUGCAGCUUUCGAUGCGCAGUUAGUCUUAGACCGAUCACUUUUCCCGAAACAGCUGGUUGAUGCGCUUGACCAAUAUGUGAAGGAGUACAAAGAUCCGUUUAUUGCCAAUCCUCCGCACUGGUUCAAGUCGCUGCUGUACGUGGAACUGGGCCUGCAAGUCCCUUUCCUGUUCCUUGCAUUUUUCGGCUCCCUUGCAGGAGCAAGAUGGAUGCGUACACCCACUCUGAUGUACUGCACCAGUGUUAUUGUCAUGGUACUUCCGCUCAUCUCCCACAUUAUGCAAGGCACUUUUACCGGAUCGGAAGUUGGACCUAAAACCGAAGACGAACGCGUGAAGCUCGCUGGCCUGUACGCCGCGUUCCUUGUGGCCGGUGUCGUUAUCCUGCUGGACUACACCUUGCUGCGCUGCCCACGGACAACACCACCGACGCAAGCUCGCUUGCCCACUACCAAGGAAAAAGAGGGGAAAGAUAAAAAGCGCAACUAGCGCAGCAUGUGGAUUCCCACCAUUGUUGCAACACACUGAAUGCAGUUUAUAACAUUAGAAGUUUAUUGUGCAGUGCACAUGAAAAAAUUCUAGGCUGACGACGUUGCACCAGCUGAUUGAUUGUACGGGUUACGGACUAAGUUUGAUUUUUACGUUUUUCAAUUGACAAAGUUUUGAUAACACCGCAAAUAAAAUACUACCUUCAA